AUGGCGGUCUAUCAACGAAGCUCUCAAGAAAACGCAAUCAGGAACAUCAACAUUUUCAAUUGCCAUAUUGGAACCUUGGUAAAUGGAGAUGGAAACACUGUGAAUACAUGCUCAUGCCGUCGGCGACUUGACUAUCCUAAGCAACGCACAUAUUCUACGUCAGGAAGAACAGCGACCCCAGGAAUAACAAACCACAACGGCGAAUGGAGGGGAACAAAGAGGAAGCAAACCAAAAUUAGAUUCCCACAACGCAAACAUCGAGCCGAUCCAAAAUUUUCUUUUAAAAGUACUUCAAGCGACAGCGAAGAUACUUUUUAUGGACCGGAAAUUUUCCCAACUGUUUCGGGGGAAUGCGAUCGCGGAUUUGAAAUCUUGAUGAAGAAAUUCCAUUCUGUUUUGAACAAUCUGCAUCCUCUACGAGACAGUGGAAAUUUCAAAGACUUUAAUAGCCUCGCAGAUCGCUUCCUUUUAGCUAGCAAAGGCGAUGACGCCUUUGAAAUCUUAAUCCUCAUUGAAAAAAGCGUCGUCGUCAGUUAUCAGAACAACUUGGAGAAGGCAGAAAUGAUGGUCCAAGAAGCUUUGGACACCCUCCUGAAAUCGAAAGUGAAAGAGAAGAUGUUCUACUUCCUGGUAUCUAUGGCAAAUCUACACCUCGCCGGCUUUUACCGACGACAGAACAAGCACGGAUAUGCACACUCCAAAAUUACAAUUGCCGAUCAGAAUUCGCAAAGAGUAAAUUCGCGCUUCUUAACAGCCCUGAUAUUUUAUGAAAAGGCUAGUAAUUUGACCAAGUACAUUUCUUCUGUUUCACUUGAUCGGUCUUUACGCAGAAAGUUAGUUGAACAGUCGAAGGACCAAAUGAAGCAGUGCAUAACCCUCUGCACUGAACUCGAUGGUGGCAACAUUUACAUUAAAAAACACCACUUUGGGUUACUUAAACUAGCUCUGCUAGACCUGAAUUGCCGCACAAGAGCAGCCCGGAAACAACGGACCAGUAUUAACAGCAUCGCAAAUGCGAAGACCAGCCUUCAAAAAGUUCACGAUUAUCAGAAUGAAAUGAGCGAGGGACAAAAGAUACAGUUCUUUGUGGCCAAGUCAGACCUGAAUUACAGGCUUGGAGAUCUGCGGGCAGCACAAAGGGAUGCAAGCCAAGCAUUGUCCCUUGCUGAAAACCAUGGAUUUAGUUUAGAAAUCACCGCCAUUAAGGAAAGACAAGAAGAUAUGGACAAAGAAAUAACAUCGGAGGAAACUAUGGAUUUUGUACCAUCCCAUGAAAACGCCCGCCAUGAUACAUUGUCAUCCGCUACUUUUUCAUCUCAAAGGAACUCUUUUUGCUCCUCGGGAUGUGAGAUGGAGUAG